CAGAGGUCGAUGAGCAGCGGGAGCUGCUUCGUCAGUGCUCAGAAGAUUGGUUGCUCUUCGCUUUGUGCGUGUAUUCUGUAAUGUGUAUCACAGAGUACGUAUGUGCCAUCUAGUACCACCUGCCCAGUACACAGUGCAAUACAAAUCAAACGAUAGACAAUAAUGCAGAUUCUAGCCAUGAAAGACGACAUCAUCUAUCUGGUCCUGCUAGGAUCGUGCAUCGGAUUCGGUCAAUUCUACCGCAAAGUUCAGGAAUCCGACCAGAAGAAAUGGAUCGGAACUGCAUUUGGACUACUCGUGGUGCUCACAGCGUCCGGCUUUCACACGUUGCAUAUGCUGUUCUGUUAUCUGGUGUCAGCUCUUAUCAUAAUUUACUUUAACCGCAAGAAAUGUCACCUCAUUAGUUUUGCCUUCAUGUUUGGGUACUUAUUCUUCUUCCGAUCGGUUACGUAUUUAGGCUUGGAGGCACCACCAGGUCACUCCAAUAUGAUUCUGAUGAUUCUCACUUUGAAGUUGGUAGGAUUGGCAUUCGAAGUCAAUACAGCCCAUCUCAAGGCGGUUGCCAUUGGGGAAUCAAAGAAAAGCGAAGAUGACAAACCUUUGCAGGGUCUGACCGAAAACGAAAAAGCUCUCCUAAACUUGGAUAUGCUGGAUAUCUUUCAUUAUAGUUUCAAUUACGUUGGUAUUUUAACCGGGCCGUAUUUCACGUACAAGACGUUUCGAGACGCAAUCUAUUUGCCGUUCAGUGCCAAGGCAAACUGCAUCGAACAUACGCUGGAGAAGCUUAAGGUCGUUCCCCUUUAUGCUGGAUUAUUUCUGUUAAUCUCCUACAUUUGGCCAUUGGAUUAUGCCACAUCUACUGAGUUUUACGAGGAACGUUCGUUCAUCUAUCGUUUGAUGUACGUUUGGCCGACAUUCUUCAUUUUCCGCAUGCGUAUCUAUACUGGAAUUAUGCUGAGCGAAUGCGUCUGCACGAUGGCUGGAUUUGGCGCCUACCCGAAGGUGUGCGAAAAUAAAGCCGGACACGGCCCGAGUAAAAAUUGUUCUGAUAUGAUUAGCAAUGCUGAUGAUCAUGAAUAUGAUUUCGAGACAAUACGCAACAUCGACGUAGUUAAUACGGAGAAAUGUUGGACCUUCCGGGAGGCGAUGAAAUACUGGAACAUGUGUGUCCAGUAUUGGAUGGCCAUGUACGUGUACAAGCGGUUCCCCAGCAAAAAAUACCGAACGGCGGCAACUCUGGCUGUAUCUGCCCUAUGGCACGGCGUUUAUGCUGGUUACUAUUUCUGCAUCUUUGCGGCACCGUUUUAUCUCCCCGUCGAGGAUUUGUACGUCAAACUAUUCAUCAAAGAUGCCACCGGAACAAAGCGGCAGGUGUUGAAUGUAAUUUGCUGGAUCUCGAAGUUUUUCGCCUUUUCCUACAUGGGAAUUGCGUUCCUGCUGUUGACCAUUGAGAAGAUUUGGUUCUACUAUGGAUCGGUAUAUCACUUUGCGUACAUUAUGUGGGUGGUGUUGUACGGAGCGGGUAUUAUGGUUGCUAAGGACAGAAAAGCCAAGGCCAGAAGAGCGGAAAAGGCACAGCAAAGUGCGGAGAAUUAGCUCGAGUUGUUCCAGUUUGACAGCCUGCAUGCAGCUGCAACGACCUGGAUGGGUAGUAACUGAAUCGAAUCUAUCGCCGUCAUGAAAGUUUUGUCAGUAAGCAUAAAGUAGACGACAUUUGCAUUUUGAUAUUUGGAAUUUGGGCUCGCAGUGAUUAACUAUCGCUAUUAAUAGUGUUACUAACAAAUGUUUAAUAUAAAACAGAGAUUGUAUUUAUAGACAUUACAUAGUACAUUCACCAUCAUGAUAUUGUUCGCUUGUUGUAGAUACUUACAUAAAUACUAAACACUUGU